CAGACUAAGACUGGCGGACGUCUGUAUCAGAAACAAGAGUGACGCGAUGAACAUGAACAUUUGGGCGUUUGUCUCUUUCUUCGUGGUCACCAGAGCAGGUAUUUAUAAUCAAUAACUAAAAAUCGUGCUAACGUAAAGAUUUUUUUUGGUCACAGCUUUUAACCACUUAUAUCAACGUAUAUAAUGCCGUCGUUUGCUUUAUAAAGUAUUUAGCUAUAAAUAUUGCAGUUCAUUUUCUACAUCUUUUUAUCAUUGUCUGAAAUAUUCGUUUUCCUUAAAAUAAAUAUCAUUGGUGUUAAACGUUCAACGAAGGCUUCCGGUCGAUACACAAGUCUUCUGUUUAUUUUUUUCCCAAAUAUUGCUUUAUCAUUUUCCGAAACAUUCAUUUUCAUUUUAAAAAAUGUCAUUGAUAUUGCUGUAUGGUAGACGAAGGCUUCCCAUCGAUACACAAGUCUACUGUUUAAUUAUUUCCCAAAUCUUUGAUUUUGUUUUCAAGCCUUAAUUCGCUCCCCCACUUCAUCUUAUAUUCAUUGCAAUAUUUUGACCAGUAAAGCUGCAAAAAAAAAAAAAAAAAAAAUUGCGCUAAUGAUUUUGAUCUUUAUCAUAAGCACUGCAGAUCGAAGUCAACUUUCCCAAAUCUUUGAUUUUUUUUUCAAGCCUUAAUUCGCUCCCCCACUUCAUCUUAUAUUCAUUGCAAUAUUUUGACCAGUAAAGCUGCAAAAAAAAAAAAAAAAAAAUUGCGCUAAUGAUUUUGAUCUUUAUCAUAAGCACUGCAGAUCGAAGUCAACCCAGCUAAAGUACAACUUGGCGUCACCAAGGACCUUCAAGUUCGAUGCACGUUCACAGCUGGGAAAAUCCCCACCAUCACGAGACUUUUCUACCUGUUGAUUUCCCACUCCAACGCAACAACCGAGGAGCCCGAUUUCCAAUACCUUGCGCUGAUCAAUCUCUUUGACGGGCAGAUCAACGUCUUCUCUCAGGAAUUCACAUCGGCUAACGGAUACAUCAACACGAGGGGGGAGUCUUUCAUUGCAGUCGUCUGGAAAGAUCCGAAAUCGACGACGGCCGGCGCGUACAGAUGUGACGCCAAUGGGGUUGAUUUUAUCGGACGCCCGAGGACGCUCUCAGAGACGGCCACAGUUGAAGCCGCGAGUCCCGGCGUUGAUGUUUUCUUGAAGGAGAUGGCGAACUUGACAUCGCACCUAGCGCACCUCGAGAGGACCGUCAGCGAGUUCAGAGAACAAACCGCGAACCUGAGAUUGUUCCAGGAUACAAUGAAAAGCAGGUUAGCGUUGGUGCUCAAGUCCAUGUUUGAUGAAUCGGAGGUCUUCAUGGGGAGGAGAUAUUACUUGUCAAAAGACGUCACGUCGUUUGCGCCGUCGACCGGAGGAGCCGCCUGCGCGAUGUUCGGCGGAUACCUCGCGGAAAUCGAAAGCAACGACGAGUUCCAGUUUCUGAGAGAGUUCAUCAUCGUCAGCAAUAGGAAUAUGAGCGUCGUCAUGACGGGGGCCACGGACGCCAAUGAGGAGGGACACUGGAUUUUGAGUCAAAGCCGAGCAGAUUUGGAGGUCUUCAACUGGGCGGAAGGCGAGCCCGAUGAAGGGACGCACGCCAACUGUCAAGGGUUCUCGCGAGACGGGGACUGGUACAUGGCGGACACAUCUUGUGUUAAACACAGUCCCGCGAACGACGUUGGGUAUAUCUGUGAGAUUCCCGAAUCAAUGACAAACGGAUAAGAUGCUAUGUUUAAGGUGGAUCAUAAACCUCAAUAAGUCACCCAAGAAAUAAACUGAUAAAAAUAAUUCAUUCUGUGUGUAAUAAUAAUAAACAUGUAAUGUUUGUGUGUAGGGAUAAUCAACCUGUAAUGUCUAUUUGUAUAGAUAAUAAACCUGUAAUGUCUCUGUGUGUAAUAAUAAUAAACAUGUAAUGUUUGUGUGUAGGGAUAAUCAACCUGUAAUGUC